AUGCGUCUCUCCUUCGCCUUCGCUCUUGGUCUGCUCGCCGCCCCCGCGCUUGUGAACGCGACUCUGGACCCGUGCCACUCCAACCUGAAGGGCAAGUGCCCCAAGCUGCACAACUGCAAGGUGACCAAGGUGUCCACGGCCAUCCAGGCCUCUGAGUGCUCGUACAACACCCGCACGCACAACAAGCAGACGUACGCGGUCUUCAAGCAGGACCACCAGUACGACGGCAACCACGGCUACCCGUACGGAGACUGCUACGCCUACACGUGCAAGGUCAACUCAAAAAUGGUUGUUGAUAAGGACUGCUGGACGUUCUUCUGGGACAAGGUCAACAUCAAUGGCACGAAGCCCGGUGUCGGCACGGGUUGCAUCAAGGACCCCAACACGAGUGAAUGCGGCUGCGAGGACUCGAAGACGGGCAAGUUCCACGUCAACAAGAGCGACUGCGUGUAA